ACAGUAAUGGACACGAGCGCCGCAUUUAGUGUGGACAGCUUAAUGGGUGGUGCAUAUGCAAGAACACCUUCAUUAACAAAUCUACCAGGCUUGUACCCGUACCAUUGUUCACAAUAUCAAGAAGAACAGCAACAACAUCAGCACCAAACACAACAAUAUGCGACGCGACCUUCGGCAUGGUAUACGCCGGAAACAUCGCCUGAAAUGCCUCCCGGAUUUCGGGAUUUAUUUGAAGCUCCGAGCUGUCAAAUGGCGCCGCCGCUCCCUACGCCCGGUUCUGUGCAGGGCAGCCCGCCGAGAGUGACGACACCGCCACCCGUGACGACGGCUCAUUACCGGCCGCAUACCGGGACAUAUUACCAGCCGGACUGCGCGCAAAAGUACUGA